UUCCCUUCCUCACCCACACACAUUCUCUGCAAAUAUCACCCUGACUUUUAGUCAAUUUCAUUCGUUAACAAGCAUACCUAAUUGCUCAACUAAACCUAAUAAUCCUCGACAACUCUAGCUCUCACGAGUCGCCUAAUACCAGACAAAUCAGUCAAAAUGAAGUUCACCAUUGCCGCUGUUGCCCUCGCCGCUGGCGUUUCCGCCUCUUACCCGGCUGCCUCUUACUCGGCUGCUCCUAAUGCCACCGCCUACACUACCGAGGUUGUGACCUCUUACGAGACCUACUGCCCUGGCCCCACCCAGAUCACCUACGGCACCAACACCUACACCGUCACUGAGGCCACCACCCUGACCAUCACUGACUGCCCUUGCACCAUCAGCAAGCCCGUCUUCACGACCUCGUCCGUCGCCUGCACUACUUGCAGCACCAGCGCCCCGGCCUCGCCUGUCUACCCUACCUCGGCCCCGGCUCCCCCGGUCUACCCUAACAGCACCGCUGCCGUCACCACCCCUGCCACCUCUGUCUACCCCACUGGCAGCGUUCCCGGCAGCAGCACCAGCAGCACCCCCAGCACCAUCCCCACCGCUGGUGCUGGCAAGGUCGCCGCUCUCUCCGGCGCUGGCCUUGCUGGUCUGCUCGGCCUUGCUGUUGCCGCCCUAUAAAUCGGCUCCUAGUUUGGCAUUCGCGUCUAUGACCUACGAUUCUCCUUUGUUCGAUAGUACCUAAUCUCUGGGGGAUCGAGAGGAAUGCUUUCGACGCUCAUGACGGGAAAGCAAGCUGGAGUUGUUAAUGGGAUGGCGGGAGUGAUUUUAGAUUCGGACUGUUAGGCGGCUCACGGUGUUCUGCAUCGCACUAUGGAGUAUUAUCACGGCCACGCAUGCAGGAUCUGAUUUUGAUUCUUGUAAUUUCUUGUCUCGGUGUUUCGGGCAAAUAAUCAAUCUCGCCAUGGAGGAUUACGAUGUGUGAGGUCUUCUGGUAGUUGGAAUGGUCGUGGAGGUUUCUUGGACGCUGGAGCAGGUUUUCCUGCCGAUACUCUUUUGGAUGGAGAAUUGCUUCGCUUUCGGGAGCCUUUGACAAAAUCAAACCAUUGCAACCACUUCCGUCCCCGUCACCCAAGAAGUUUUUUCGAUUCGUGCUCCUUGCUCCCCUUAUUGGCUUCUCCUGUACAAAUUCUUUUUCGGGAGUCAAUUGUUAAAUAUUUUUCGCAAGAGUCUACAGUCUUAGCCGGAUGUUUUAUUGGUCUCUGAACAAGUCCCUCGCGUGUUUUACGGAGUCCUUGUUACGAUAGUUCAAUGGCAACGCAGACACGGCUGGGAGAUCAAGUUUUGGUCUGGCGCCUAUAACACUA